UCUCAGCUUUCAUUUAAAAAAAUACAGUUCUAGCCCUUGCUGCUGGGAAGAAGAGCUGGGAAACGGGACCUGAGUGCAUCCAGAAGGCCCAGAAACCAGACAGCAAAGAAACAAGGAGGCACAUAUAUUUUUGGUUUAAAUCUCAUGAUCUUGGGGCCUGACUCAUGAUUUUUGAACUAGUGGGGCUGGUGCUGGGAGGGAUCUUUAGGUCCUGUCUCCACUCAGACAGCUGCGGCAGGAGAACAGGGAACAUGUUGCCAACUUUUACUAGAGGAACAAUUCUCCAAGCAGGAUGGGAGCUCGGGGGAAGCAGCCAGUCCUCCCUGUGAAUUCUGGGGGAUUUUUGUGCCUCAUCUACCAAACAUCAGCUGGUUGUCUCAGCCCCACCACGUGGUGGGUCAUGCUUAUUAACCCCAUUUCAUAACAGGGGGACCUGGGGUACAGCCACAGAGGAAGCUGGGAUCAGUGUUGAGAUUAUUGAUUUGCUGGCCAUACUCCACUUAGUCCACUAGAAUAUGCUGCCUCUAAUGCUACUGAGCUGCCCCUCUGGGUGGCCACAGGUGACCCUGACCACUCAGCCACAGGCAACUAGCAGAGAGGAGCCUUGGCUCACCCUACAGGCAUCAGGGCCAGCCCAAGGGUCACUGACUCUCACAAAUGCAGCCAUGGGCCAUCCCAAAAAUCCAAGGGCUUGUGACCUUGGCUUUCCUGGACUCCUUGCAUUGCAUUUGUAAGGCUCUUUGCAAGAAAAAGAGCAAGAAACCAACUUGUGUGUAAUGAAAGCUGAGAUUCUGCAUUGCCUCUCAAGGGACUCCCGAACAGGGCUUUGAGAACCUUGAAGUGUGGCUCGGGUUGGGGGGACUCAAGGAAGAGCCACAGAAAGGCUCAAGGGGUGGUGGAGUUGAGUUCUGGGGAGAGAGUCGAAGAGCUAAAUCCAGCUGGCUUGGCAAAGCCAGGAAUAAAAGGAGAGAUUUGAGAAUUGUCUGCAUGUGCCUGAGGAGGGCCCCAGCAGGAGCAACCACAAGGAAGGGGCUGAGACUGAGCCAAGGAAAAGGAGCUCAGGAGCUAUCCCCCCAGCGCUGAGGGGUCCGUGAGCCCAGGGAGCUGUCUCCCCAAGGGCAGGGAAACUGGGAACUAGAGCUCAGACUGUGGCAAGAAAGGAUUCCCUCAAACAGGGCUAAGGCAACUCCUGCCUACCUGGUGGGAAUGGCCAAAGUAACCCCUCGGUGCUGGAAGGAGAAAUCCUGCCUGUACAGCCCAUCGUGUUUCCUCACCUGGGAAGCUGUGGUCCUGGCGAAGGGUCUGUCACUAACCUCGGGGCUGGCUGGGCCUAAGGAAACUUCCAAACCUGGGAGCUGAUCUCUGCCGACAAACAGGUGAGAUGCAAAUCACAUGAGGCCCAUCCGGGAAUCUGACACCAUCACCGGGGAAAUGUUGAACUAACAAAGAGCAGGUGUGUGGGAGACAGGAUGGGGACUGCAGACUGGGGGAGGAGCUAGAAUCACUGGGGAAAACUGGACAUUUUAAGUAGAUUUCAGAAAGCUGUGUAGCUGACUCGCUCUCCGCUCCGAGUUAGCCCAGGUCCCAGUGUUGUGUGACGCUAGAGAUGUUUUUAGAGAAAAUAUGAAACUAGAGUCCUGAUUGCCUGAGAUCUGUCACUCUCCCCAUGAGUUGCGCAAUGAACUGCAUUUUCUUGGCCAAACCUCAACAGAGAUGAGUCCAUUCUUCCUCCCUACAGUCCUCACACAGGUUCAACCAGAUACAGCACUCCACUUCCUGUCCCAAAGUGCCCUGUAAUGCAGCUGUUAAAUGGCUGCCAAGUCCCACCCCAGAGAUUGCUGCAUCUCAGCAGGUGGGUGAAGUGUUCCAUGUGCACAUGGAGUGUGUAAAGCCCUUUGGGAUGCUGAGCAAUGGGAGGUGUGAGGGAAAGGUGAGAUCUUCUAACUAGUGGCCUCUGACAGCCCUCCCUCCCCCCUCAUUUUGGUCUCUCCAGGACUCAGGCUAUCCCGAGUGGAGGACCCAUUACUAGCCGAUCGAGAUGGGGGAAAUGGAACAGAUGAGGCAGGAGGCCGAGCAGCUGAAGAAGCAGAUUGCGGAUGCACGGAAAGCCUGUGCUGACACUACACUUGCUCAGAUUGUGUCCGGGGUGGAGGUAGUUGGACGCAUUCAGAUGCGUACGCGGAGGACCCUGCGUGGGCACCUGGCCAAGAUCUAUGCAAUGCACUGGUGCACGGACUCCAAACUACUGGUCAGUGCCUCGCAAGAUGGGAAACUGAUCGUGUGGGACACUUACACAACCAAUAAGGUUCAUGCCAUCCCUCUCCGCUCAUCCUGGGUCAUGACCUGUGCCUAUGCGCCCUCAGGGAAUUUUGUGGCCUGUGGGGGUCUCGACAACAUGUGCUCUAUCUACAAUCUCAAGACUCGUGAAGGCAACGUCAAAGUGAGCAGGGAGCUCUCGGCCCACACAGGUUACCUCUCCUGCUGCCGAUUCCUGGAUGACAAUAAUAUCGUGACGAGCUCCGGAGACACCACGUGCGCGCUCUGGGAUAUUGAAACGGGACAGCAGAAGACUGUGUUUAUGGGUCACACUGGAGACUGCAUGAGCCUGGCCGUCUCCCCAGACUUCAAACUCUUUAUCUCCGGGGCCUGUGAUGCCACUGCCAAGCUGUGGGACGUACGGGAGGGAACCUGCCGUCAGACAUUCACAGGGCAUGAGUCGGACAUCAAUGCCAUCUGUUUCUUCCCCAACGGCGAGGCCAUCUGCACCGGUUCAGAUGAUGCCACCUGCCGCCUCUUUGAUCUGCGGGCGGACCAGGAGCUCAUCGUCUAUUCCCACGAGAGCAUCAUCUGUGGAAUCACCUCAGUCGCCUUCUCCCGCAGCGGGCGUCUCAUGCUGGCUGGAUAUGACGACUUCAACUGCAACAUCUGGGACUCCCUGAAGGGGGAGCGUGUGGGGAUCCUCUCCGGUCAUGACAACAGGGUGAGCUGCCUGGGGGUGACAGCAGAUGGCAUGGCUGUGGCUACUGGCUCCUGGGACAGCUUCCUCAAGAUUUGGAACUGAAGAGGGUGAUCGGGAGAGGGAGAUUAUUGGGAGGAGGGUGUCCACACCAAACACAUUGUCAGUUGAACACAAUUGGUAUUUCUAUCUGUUAGUCACAGGCAUGUCUCUCUCUGAGUCUCUUGUUGGGGCUCCCUAGUCUGCAGGAGGGGUCUAGGGGAAAGGAGCCCUCCAUUAGCUGUCCCCCCCAACCCACUUCCUAAAUAUGCCAUAAGGCUUUCAGCCUGGGACAGGUUGUAGGACCCCACAUAAGCGAGACUGUUUCACAAACUUUAGGAUCUUGCACUGCACACCCAGUGACACCCAUUCCUCCCAACUGACUCCACACCAGUUUAUCCCUACAUUGUCCCCCCACCCCAAUCACCCACCAGAAAGACAAACACCAUUCCCUGAAAAAGGCCUCUACCUUGAGACAGGGACCCUCCCCCUUCCACUACAUAACUACAACCAUUUCUCCAGACACACCUCCCCUAAUCCUCCCAGAGACCCUCCUCCUGGCACACGGAGGUAGAGAGAAGAGAUUUUAACCAGCUAGGCCUCUGCAUUGAGCUUUGCUAAGAGGGGCUAAUUUCUCACUGCCAUUAGCCCAAUUUUAUCUAUGCAUCAAAUGGGGGAGGGGAGUUCACUGCCCUAUCUAGGGCAUCAAGGACAGGCAAAUGUUAAUUUAUUUUUAUUUAUAUUCCUGUAGCUGUCCCCUUCCCCUCAUCCACAUGUGCUGUGUAUUCCUCUUGCAUUAGCUUGUAGACCACCUCAGCCCCUGCUUUCAAGAUGUAACUAUCACACAGGACUUUCAGGCACAAUAAAGAGAUCAAGCGAGAUGCAUGUGCUGCAUCAUUUGAGACAGACA